ACGUGAUACUGACACACAGUCACUGCAGCUGCUGAGCGAGCCGGACGCUUUAAGCACGCGGCGGCCGCCGGACUAGCCCGGAGCUUGAAUCCCAGCGCCCGCCAGCGCGCUCCCACGCGGGUCCCCGUACAGAGGUUCCCGCUCGGCCGCGCGCGGGAAGCGGGGAUCGCGCGCCCUCCGCUCGCGGCUCAAGGCUGCCCACGGCGGCUGCAGCCGACGCGCGGUUCCAAACCCGAGCGCUCCGGGAAGCCGGCGCGUCUCGGAGGCGUCGGCGGCGGUGGGGGCCUCCCGUCCGGGUUCCCCGCACCCACAGUGCUGCGUCCCGCUUGCCGCGCCCCGGCGACUCUGACCUUCCAAGGGUCGCCUACCUCGGCCCCAAGUCCCCGGUCCCGCGCCCCACUCCAGGGCGAGGCCCGCUCCAGCUCCCGCUUCUCGUGCACUCGCGGGCGGGCGCGCAGGCCCGGGUGGGGGGAGGGUCACUGGGACCAGCUACCGCCGGUCCCUGUGCACGCUCGCUGCUCUCGCCACCAGGGCCCGCUGAGCAGCUCCCGGCCUGGUCGCUGUUCCCGAGCCCGGGCGCUGGUGCCGGGGCGCGGCCGCACUCACUCGCCUCGCCGGAGGGUUGUGGGCAGGCCCUGCCCUGAAGGGGCUAAGCGGCUAGGUGGAGCCGGUAGGGUGUCCACUCCGCGUUUCUUCCUGGCGCUGGGUCCCGCGGGACCCAACCCUGGGCCGCCCCAGGCCCCUGCCCACGCGAGACGCUCCCGGCUUGGAAGAGUCUUUUUGGCGAGAUACAGCUCCCGGCAGCAGCCCAGGAGGAGGAGAAAGAAGGGACAGUGCUCUGUCGCGGCUACCCGGACCUUUCCUGUGGUAUUUGGAGCAUAAGGCUGUCCCGAAGUCUACACUUGGCACCGACCGCCGGUUAAAACAGCACCUGCUGGGAUACCGACCCGGACCCCCUACAUUUCUUAGGCGUCAGUGUCACCACGCUUUCCAGUGUCAGCUCUUCCGGAGUGUUCUUUUUCCUGGGUAGUCAAGGCCAAGAAAGUAUUAGGAAUACUGAGGACUUCAUGCUUUGGACAGAGACAAGGUGCUGAAAUUAGAAAUUGCCACUUCUGAGAGGAUGCUGGGAAUUUGCAGAGGGAGACGGAAAUUUUUGGCUGCCUCUUUGACUCUGCUCUGCGUCCCAGCCAUCACCUGGAUUUACUUAUUUGCUGGGAGCUUUGAAGAUGGGAAGCCCGUGUCUCUGUCUCCCCUGGAGUCUCAAGCCCACAGUCCCAGGUACACUGCCUCAAGCCAGCGGGAGCGUGAGAGCCUGGAGGUUCGUGUCCGAGAGGUGGAGGAGGAAAACCGUUCACUGCGCAGGCAGCUCAGCCUGGCCCAGGGUCAGGGCCCUGCUCAACGCCGUGGGAACCACUCCAAGACCUACUCCAUGGAAGAGGGAACAGGUGACAGUGAGAACCUGCGGGCUGGCAUCGUGGCAGGCAACAGCUCUGAGUGUGGACAGCAGCCAGUUGUGGAGAAGUGUGAGACUAUCCAUGUGGCUAUUGUCUGUGCAGGAUACAACGCGAGCAGGGAUGUUGUCACCCUGGUCAAGUCUGUUCUCUUUCACAGGCGGAACCCUUUGCACUUCCACCUCAUUGCUGACUCCAUUGCGGAGCAGAUCCUGGCCACACUUUUCCAAACCUGGAUGGUACCUGCAGUGCGUGUGGACUUCUAUAAUGCUGAUGAGCUCAAGUCUGAAGUGUCCUGGAUCCCCAACAAACAUUACUCUGGGAUUUAUGGCCUGAUGAAGCUGGUUCUGACCAAGACUCUACCUGCCAACCUGGAGAGAGUCAUUGUCCUAGACACUGACAUUACCUUUGCAACUGACAUUGCAGAGCUAUGGGCCGUGUUCCAUAAGUUCAAAGGCCAACAGGUCCUGGGCUUGGUAGAGAACCAGAGUGACUGGUAUCUUGGAAAUCUCUGGAAAAAUCACCGUCCAUGGCCAGCCCUUGGAAGGGGCUACAACACAGGAGUCAUACUAUUGCUUCUGGAUAAGCUGCGCAAGAUGAAAUGGGAACAGAUGUGGAGGCUGACAGCAGAGAGGGAACUCAUGGGCAUGCUGUCUACCUCUUUGGCUGACCAGGAUAUUUUCAAUGCUGUCAUCAAACAAAACCCCUUCCUGGUGUAUCAGCUCCCCUGCUUCUGGAAUGUACAGCUGUCAGACCACACUCGCUCUGAGCAGUGCUACAGAGAUGUGUCUGAUCUAAAGGUCAUCCACUGGAACUCCCCCAAGAAGCUCCGUGUGAAGAACAAACAUGUGGAAUUCUUCCGCAACCUCUACCUGACCUUUCUUGAGUAUGAUGGCAACCUGCUACGGAGGGAACUGUUUGGCUGCCCCAGCGAAACUGAUGUCAACAGUGAAAAUCUUCAGAAGCAGCUGUCAGAGCUGGAUGAGGAUGACUUGUGUUAUGAAUUCCGGCGAGAACGCUUCACUGUUCACCGAACCCACCUGUACUUCCUGCACUAUGAGUUCGAGCCUGCUGCUGACAACACAGACGUUACCCUGGUUGCUCAGCUCUCCAUGGACAGACUCCAGAUGCUAGAGGCCAUCUGUAAGCACUGGGAGGGGCCCAUCAGCCUGGCCCUCUACCUGUCUGAUGCUGAAGCCCAGCAGUUUCUCCGCUAUGCCCAGGGAUCCGAGGUGCUCAUGAGCCGCCACAAUGUGGGCUACCACAUCGUGUAUAAGGAGGGUCAGUUCUAUCCUGUCAACCUCUUGCGCAAUGUGGCUAUGAAGCAUAUCAGCACACCCUACGUGUUCUUAUCUGACAUUGACUUCCUGCCCAUGUAUGGGCUCUAUGAGUACCUCAGGAAGUCUGUCAUCCAGCUUGACCUUGCCAACACGAAGAAAGCAAUGAUUGUCCCCGCAUUCGAGACACUGCGAUACCGACUCUCUUUCCCCAAGUCAAAAGCAGAGCUUCUGUCAAUGUUAGACAUGGGGACCCUAUUUACAUUCAGGUAUCACGUCUGGACUAAGGGCCAUGCACCCACAAACUUUGCCAAGUGGCGGACUGCCACCAUGCCUUACCGGGUUGAGUGGGAGGCUGAUUUUGAGCCGUAUGUUGUUGUGAGACGAGACUGCCCUGAGUACGAUCGAAGAUUUGUGGGCUUUGGCUGGAACAAAGUGGCUCACAUCAUGGAACUGGAUGCACAGGAGUAUGAGUUCAUCGUGUUGCCCAAUGCCUACAUGAUCCACAUGCCCCAUGCCCCCAGUUUCGACAUCACUAAGUUCCGUUCCAACAAGCAAUACCGCAUAUGUCUCAAAACCCUGAAGGAAGAGUUUCAACAAGACAUGUCCCGACGCUAUGGCUUCGCUGCCCUGAAAUAUCUCACGGCGGAGAACAACAGCUAGCACUAUGAAGACCACCGCUAGGGAGAGACAUACCACAGAGGAAGAGCCACUUGCUGGCUGGGGCCCAGCCAUUGAAGACAAACUCUACCACUGUUUUCUUUGGUUUGUUUUCCUUUGUCUCUUUGGCCCCUCAAAGCUGCUCUUUUCUGAGAUCUUGGACAGCAACCCAGUCCACCACCAUGAGGUGCUUCCAGAAUGGGACAUGGAAAGGUGGAAGCAAACAAAGAGUAAACAACUUACCACAAAAUCACAGACCAAGCCAGGAUUUCUGGAUGCUCUAAUUGCUUUUUAAUAAUUAUGGUUCAAAUCCUAGCUGUGGAGAAAGAAGUGGCUAUUCUACGGGAUAAUCAUGCCAAGAAAUAAGAGCAAGCUACUUCUUCCUAGGAAGGGAUCUUUAUUUCCCCUGCCACCUAGCCAGUUACUCAAGUGGAGAGCAAGUCAAGGAUCCCAACUACCAUCUGGAGACCUGCAUAGGGACAUUAUAUAUGCAGGGACCUGGAAGUAGGAUGAAUUGAUUCUUUAUUCUCAAAGUCUCUCUUGUUUUGAGUUGUUUGAAUUUGGGAGAUACUAUUCAUUUUGAUUUAGGAUUCCAAGCUAAAACAAUUAUCUAAUCAUUAAAGCUCUAAAAGAAAAAUCAGCUCCCUCAGUCAGCAGUGGCCCAGCAAAGAUGAGCCUCCUCAGAGAAUGUUCACACAUGGACAGCUUCCUUCAGAAUUAACACUGAGAUCUCUGAUGACCCACUCUCAAGACCCAGGGUUAUGACAGGAACUACAGAAAAAUGAAGCCAACACUAUAUGCAAGUCACAUUCUUCUAUGGACAGUAACUAAGGCACAAGGAAAGGGCUUCAAGGAACUACUUCAGUACUCACAGAAGGUAUGAUUCCUCUCUCAGGCCUUUAGAAGAACUUAAUAGUUCACAGUAACCCAGUCCGAAGACUUGUGUGACCACAUGGAAGCCACUGGAAGAAAGAGAUCAGGCACUUCCAGAAAAGGGUCAGGAACUUCCCUUUUGGAAGCACAGGAGUUAGUGACCUUAGUUUCCCUCAGGACUUGUCCUGGGGUUGGUAAGCACCUCUUCGCUUCACAGAUGGAGGAAACACUGAACUUUUUACUCAUUUCCUUUACUCUUCACUAUUAAUGUUGUGUUUCCAUUGAUGAGAACAAGAGUUAAUGGCCUACCCAUUGCUGGGCUGUUUGUAUUGAGUUGCCAUGUGACUAGUGAAAGCUGCAUUCAAUAAACAAAAGUAUGGACUGUUUCUUCCUCACCUCCCUCCAACUCUUGAAAGAAGCCACAUGACAUACUUGGUCUAGAGGGCAAAGUCAGUUCCAUGCACAGCACCUCACAUUCUGUUAUCCCAUCUCAUCUUUCUCAUUGUUUGAAAUGUUACAUUUUUUUUCUGUUCAGAGUUAGAGCUUACUUUCUCCUCUAACCCUCAACUCAUUUCAAAAUUUCCAUUUUGCAUCUGUCUCACUACUGUAGUGGUGAUGUUUUAUUCUAAGUAUGCAAAUCGUGGAGAUCAGAAGCAAAUUGAAUAGCCAACUCUUAGGUCUCUCUUGUCCCCUGGAACCCCAACAGUCCAAUCAGUGAGACCACUACAUUCAGUGUGUUCAAUGGCGUUUCCCCUAUAUUUGUACAAAAUGAAGAAAAUUGUAAUUAGGAUUGUCACAUAGACACAGAUAAGUUUGUUUCUUUGUUAGUUACUUAUCUUGUUACUGUGAUAAAAUAUUUGACAGUAGGGUUUAUUUUGGUUCAGAGUUUGAGAAUGCAGCCCAGCAUGAUAGGGAAGACAUGGCAGCAGGAGCUUGAAGCCAUGAUCACAUUGUGCCUGUAGUCAGGAAGCAAAGAGAGAUUAGCAUCAGCACUCAGCUUGCUUUCUCCUUUUUCUUCAGUCAGGGACCCCAUCCAAUAGGAUGAUGCUACCCACACUUUUGGGAUUUCUCACUUUUGUUAACCUAGAUAAUCUCACUCAGACAUGUUUAGAGGUUUGUUUCUUGGGUGAUUCCCCUAGUUGAUUCUAGAUCCUAGCAAGUUGACAAUAUUA